GUAUGGCGGUUUCAACGGACCAGUUACCGAAUCGUCUCUCAACUUCUUCGCUUGUGCAAGUAACACCUUCUUACAUGGUGGGCAACACAACAGCACUACCUUCCGGCGCAGUUCGGGAUGAUUCGAGGGUGCAGGCAAUGCUCUCCCCAGAGGUUAUGGCAAGUCUGUCAGCACUUGCACAUAGCCCGACUACUGUUUUGGAAUUGCUACGCUCUCAAACUCCUCAACAACCUCCGUCUAAGCCUUUGGAGUACGAGAUUGAAGACGUGAUCCCUCCGGACAUUGCGCGGCUUCCUGGACCUAUUGUGUGCCGAGACGAUUAUACGGUGAUGCCUGACAACGUAUGGGGUCAUCACAUUAUAUGGCACCCCCACCACUUCCAACCUGCAUUGGCGAGAGGGAACUGGGUAAUGACUAUAAAAGAAGAAGGGGAGUGGCAAUUUUGCCUCCACAGACGAAUGUCACAAUCCAAGUUUGUCACACACACCAAAAAUCAGAUUGGCAAGCGACUACUGCGACUUAAUCCGAAGGUUCCUCAAUCAAGACUGGAUGCAAGGACAGAAGAAAUUUUCCAGGAGUUCAAAACAUCUCGAUGGCUUGAGUAUCUGGAAGAGUUCUAUGAUCAAGAAACAAGUCCAACUUUUGGAUAUAUUUGGCAUAUCGAAGAACAACUUCAAGACAAAGUUGGGGAAAGGAAAGGAGCGAGCGGCGAUGAGAGUGGCAAGGGAUCAGGAUUAGGCGGCGGUGCGCUUGGCAAGGGAACAAGAUCAAGCUGUGGUGAACAUGGAAAGGGAUCGGAACCACGGGGCGGUGUCAGUGGCAAGGGUCUGGGACCGAGCGUCGGUGCAAGUGGAAAGCCGAUGAGUCAUGGUGAAUUGCAAAAACACGAAAUGUGUCAAGGGCGUCAAGCAACAGAGGGAAAGGUAUCAGGACCAAGCGGCGGUGCACAUGACAAGGGAUCAGGAUCGCCUCUGGGAUCAGGACCAAGCAGCGGUGCACAUUGCAGAGGAUCGGGUUCGCCUCUGGGAUUAGGACCAAGCGGCGGUGCACAUGGCAGGGGAUCGAGAGGCGAUGCAAGUGACCAGGAUUUGGGAGCAAGCGGCGGUGCAAGCGGCGGUGCAAGCGUCAAGGGCGUAAGUCAUGGAGAACUGCCGAAAUGUGUCGAGGAGGUCCUUCCAGAUUACCAAGUUUGGGCGACCACUGUGUUGGCGAGCGAGAGUGUUACUGCGCAAGUGGAUAAUACUGGUGCACUUGCAGAAUUAGAGAUGCCAUCGUUGGAUAUGCCAGUUGAAGUCUCUCUGGACAUGAGGAAUGAAAGUGCGACUGCAAGUGCAAAGGAAACUGUCAAUGUACAGGCCAUCGAAGAGGAUGAAGGACAUAUAGUACUAAGUACAUGGGAGCAACAUACGCUUGUACAGCCUGAACUUAUGCUUGCAAAAUCAGAAGCACAACAGUCUGCUAACCUCGUGAUAUCUAUCGACGAAUCUCCUUUUACACCAUCGCAUGGUGCGAUAGAAGGUCGUGUUGAAGACAAAGUGUUAGUGAGCCAUCGAGGUGAGCACAUACUUAUUUCUAGGGAAUAUCUAAUGUUGUAUGCGGAUUAGGGGGUAUAUAUCGUGCACUCAUAGGAACUAAUUUUUUGCCUAGGUUUGCAACCGUACGCUCGGUGAUGACAAGAAAUGAACGAGAAUAUUGUGU